AUGGUUCUGUGUUUCAGGAAGAGCACCACAGUAAUAAUGGUUCUGUGUUUCAGGAAGAGCACCAUCAUGCGUAUGUUGUUCCGGUUUUACGAGCCCCAGAAGGGAAACAUCUACAUCGCUGGACAGAACAUCAGAGACGUUGGACUGGACAGUCUGCGACGGGCCGUAGGGGUGGUACCACAGGAUGCAGUGCUCUUCCACAACACCAUCUUCUACAACCUUCAGUACGGGAACAUCAACGCCACGCCAGAGGAGGUGUACCAGGUGGCACGGCUGGCAGGGAUCCACGAUGCCAUCCUUAGGAUGCCCCACGGAUACGACACUCAGGUCGGCGAGAGGGGACUCAAACUGUCAGGUGGGGAGAAGCAACGUGUGGCCAUAGCCAGGGCCGUUCUGAAGAACCCUCCUAUCCUGCUGUAUGAUGAAGCUACGUCCUCGCUGGACUCUAUCACUGAGGAGAACAUUCUUAGUUCCAUGAAGGGUCUGGUCCAGGACCGGACGUCGGUGUUCAUCGCUCACAGACUGUCCACCAUCGUAGACGCAGACGAGAUCAUCGUACUCAACAAGGGUAAGAUAGCAGAGCGAGGGGACCACCACUCUCUCCUGGCUACUCCAGGCUCUCUGUACGCUGACCUGUGGAACACUCAGAACAGUAAGAUACUGAACCGUAAGAACAGCCCAGUGGAGCUGCAGCCAGAGAGACUCAGCCAGAAGGAGGAGGAGAGGAAGAAACUACAGCAGGAGAUCAUGAACAGUGUCAAGGGCUGUGGGAACUGCUCCUGUUGAGGAGAGACCAGGACAUCCCUCAAUACUUGUCCUCCCUUCCUUCCUUCCUUCACUCACUGACAGCCGGCCCUCAGUACUUUAGUCUCUCUCAGGGGAGGGGCCACCUACACCUCUCUCCAUCUCACUCCUGUCACAACAAACUCUGGGCUGACUGCCCCUCCCCCUGCUCCUCUUGAGAAGGCGAUUGGUGGCCGAAGAGGAGACUGAGAAGGAAGCCUAUCUGCCAUUGGCUGAUGUCUACAGAGAGGCAGUGCUCAUCUACCAAUCAUCUCAGGACAAACCACAUCUUGUAUAUGAUGACAUCAUGGUGUAUAGGACUGAGUAAGAGCAGGACUGAGUAAGAACAGUAAAGCUUAUUGGUCAGAUCAGUACCCAUGUUGCAUGAUGUCAUCGUGUAAAGUUUGUUAGAACUGAACACUGGUUGGACUUGUUGUACAAAUUCACUUUCAUGUCCAACAGAAAUGUAAUGUGUAUAAUUGUAUAAAGACACUGGAGAAAGAACAUGGUAUUGUUGUGUGAUGAAUAAAGAGCAGUGAGACUCCUA